UGUCAACCUUCCAGCCACAAGCGCAGAUGCUUGCCACAGUGCCACCGCACUGAGAUUUACAGAUUUCUUGUGCGUGAGUGCAAGUGCAUUGAGCUGUCUUUGAACCACAGCAACUUGCAUAUCUGUCCAUUGGCAUAGCUGGAUAGUUUUCUGCAGCAAUAACCUUCCAGAUGCAAGUUAUCAAAUUCAGACUCCAAGAGCUGUUUUGCCACAGCAGAAUUACAGUGUUGCCACAGCAGAGGCAACCAACUGCUUACAGUAAAGUCAGUAUGGUACAUUUACUUACAUCCCAUAUGACGUUACUUAGAGACAGGCUCGCUGUCUGUUCCUCAGGCUGUGACGGGAGGUCACACACUCAAAUUGAGUUUCCCUUAGCCUCGCUUGGUAGGAUUGGAAGCAGGUCAGAUUCUGGCAGGAGUGGGAGUUUUGGGAGCUAGUUAGGGGCAGAUUUGUCCGAUGCCGGAGUAUUUCUGUAUUUCUGUGGAGUAUAUCCCGUCCGGCCUCUCGUCCUCCGCGCAGGUGGCCACGCAGGAGGAGUUCUUCAACCUGUCCCACUGCCAGCUGGUGACCCUGAUCAGCCGGGACGAGCUGAACGUGCGCUGCGAGUCGGAGGUCUUCCACGCCUGCAUCGCCUGGGUGAAGUACGACUGCGAGAACCGGCGGCCCUACGUGCAGGCCCUGCUGCAGGCCGUGCGCUGCCACUCCCUCACCCCCCACUUCCUGCAGCUGCAGCUGCAGCGCUGCGAGAUCCUGAAGGGCGACUCGCAGUGCAAGGACUACCUGGCGCAGAUCUUCCGGGACCUCACCCUGCACAAGCCCACCAAGGUGCUGUCCUGCCGCACCCCCAAGGUGCCUCAGCUCAUCUACACGGCGGGGGGCUACUUCCGCCAGUCCCUCAGCUUCCUGGAGGCCUACAACCCGCUGACGGGCAGCUGGGUGCGGCUGGCCGACCUGCACACGCCCCGCAGCGGCCUGGCGGGCUGCGUCAUCAGCGGGCUCUUCUACGCCGUCGGCGGGCGCAACAACGGCCCCGACGGCAACACGGACUCCAGCGCCCUGGACUGCUACAACCCCAUGAACAACCAGUGGCUGCCCUGCGCGCCCAUGAGCGUGCCGCGCAACCGGAUC